UUCGUUCUCCGACAUCCAGCCCGGAGUGAAAAGGGAGGCAAUUUUAAACGGGACGCAUUGGAAACAAGAGCCUCAGCCUCUUUCCUGAAGAGCCAAAAGGCGGGCGGAGCUUCCUACGUACGGUCUGUGAAGGUAGCCUUUGCCCAGCAGGAAAAGAGGGGCUCCAGGACUCUGUGGGAGGCAUUGUUGGCUACACAAUUAAAUGACAAACCAACACAUAUCUGGCCCCAGUGCGAGAAGAGACCCCAACGUUAUCGAGGCAGGAGGCCUUGGGACCUGCUAGGAAAGAAUGGCGCAGAAGGUCCAAGGUGAGGAGAUGCUCGGCUUAGAUACAGAGUGCCAGAAAUUCAGAAAAUUCUCCUACGAGGAGGCUGAUAGUCCUCGACACAUUUGCACUCAACUCCACCAUCUUUGCCGUCAGUGGCUCAAGCCAGAGCAACGCACAAAGGCUCAGAUCCUGGACCUGGUGAUCCUGGAGCAGUUCCUGACCAUCCUCCCCCUGGAGAUGUCCUGCUGGGUGAGAGAAUGUGGAGCCGAGACCACUUCCCAGGCGGUGUCGCUGGCAGAAGGUUUCCUGGCUCUGAGUCAGGCAGAAGACCAAACUCAGGAAGAGCUAAAGAUGAGAAAUCUCCCUGUAGAAGCUCUGCCUGAUCUCCCCAUGGCAGAGGACUCUCCGUUCAACACCAGACAGAGUUCCCACAGAUGGGGGAUCCAGCAGGGCAGGGAAGGAGACAAAAACUGGAUAGGAGCCGGAAGGAAGCCGGCAACAGAUAUUCUGUCAUCUCUUCCUUGUGAUGGAGCAGAACCAGAUCAGGGUCCAGUGACCUUUGAGGAGGUGGCCGUAUCCUUCACCCAGGAGGAGUGGGCGCUGCUGGAUCCCGACCAGAGGGCCCUCCACCAGGAAGUCAUGGAGGAGAACUGGCAAAUGAUAUCCUCUCUAGAUAACUGGAGGGACAAAAAAAUGUGUCCAAAAAGUGAAAAUACCUUUAUGCAUAAAUCAGAGUUCACAGAACACAAGAGAAUUCAUGCAGACGUUGAAAGCUGUAUCCGAGAAAAGCCCAACAAAUGCAUUGUGUGUGGAAAACAUUUUGCCAUGAAAUUAGCACUGAUGCUUCACAAAAGAAUCCACACUGGAAAGAAGCCUAUCAUAAGUGAAGUGCCUGUGAAAAAUUUAGAUUGUAAGUUAUACUUUGUGAGCCGUCAGACAGUUAACACAGGAGAAAAAUUGUCCAAAUGCCAGGACAGUGGAAGAUGUUUUUCUCAGAAUUCAAACCUUAUGAUCCACCAGAAAAUCCACUCAGGAGAAAAACCGUACAAAUGCCAGGAGUGUGGAAAAUAUUUUGCUAACAAUUCAGCUUUUGUGCGCCAUGAGAGGAUCCACUCAGGAGAGAAACCGUACAAAUGCCAAGAAUGUGGUAAAGAUUUUUCCAGAACUUCUCACCUUGUAUAUCAUAAGAGGGUUCACACAGGAGAGAAACCCUACAAAUGCCAGGUUUGUGGGAAACAAUUUGUUCAGAAUUCACAGCUUGUAUGUCAUCAGAGAGUCCACACAGGAGAAAAACCAUACAAAUGCCAGGAAUGUGGGAAAUGUUUUGCUCAGAAUUCAAAGCUUGUGUGUCAUCAGAGAGUCCACACAGGAGAAAAACCAUACAAAUGCCUGGAGUGUGGGAAAUGUUUUGCUGAUUUUUCUGCGUUUUUGAGACACAAGAAGGUCCACACAGGAGAGAAAUUGCACAAAUGUGAGGUCUGUGGUAAAUGUUUUGCUACGAAUUCAGAUCUUGUGAAUCAUAAGAGGGUCCACACUGGAGAGAAGCCUUACAAAUGUCAGGAGUGUGAGAAAUGCUUUGCUCAGAAUUCUGGCCUUGUCAUACAUAAGAGAUUCCACACAGGAGAGAAACCCUACGAAUGCCAAGAAUGUGGGAAAGCUUUUGCUCGCAUUUUUUUGCUUGUGAAUCAUAAAAGAAUCCACACAGGAGAGAAACCAUACAAAUGCCAGAGGUGUGGGAAAUGCUUUGCUCAGAAUUCUGGCCUUAUGAAGCAUAAGAGAGUACACACAGGAGAGAAACCCUACGAAUGCCAGGAAUGUGGGAAAUGCUAUGCUCAAAAUUCUGGCCUUACGAAGCAUAAGAGAGUACACAUAAGAGAGAAACCCUACAAAUGCCAGGAGUGUGGGAAAUGUUUUGCUUUCAAUUCACACCUUUUGACUCAUCAGAAAAUCAAGCACACAGGAGAAAAGCCAUACAAAUGCCAGCAGUGUGGGAAAUGUUUUGCUAAGAAUUCAAAUCUUGCGAGUCAUAAGAGAGUUCAUACAGGAGAGAAACUGUAGAAAUGCCAAGAAUGUGAGAGAUGUUUUGUUAGGAGUUCAGAUUUUGUGAUUUAUAAGAGAGUCCAAAUGGGAGAAGAACUCUACGAAAUCCAGGAGUGUGGAGAAUAUUUUGCCCAAAAUUCACUGCUUGUAAAUAAUAAGUGGAAACACACAAGAGAGUUAUGCUAGGAGUGUGAGAAAUAUUUUGCUCAGGAUCCACACCUUGUGUCCUGUCAGAGAAUCCACUCAGGAGCAAAUCCCAGUAACAUGGGAAAUGUUUUGUUUAUAGUUCAGAUUGCACAUGCGGUGAAUCACUGGAGAGUUAACAUAAGAGAGGAACCAGAGUUGUAACUAUAACGUUUGGGGUUCAGAACUUCAC